GCGUCGUACCCCGUAACCAAACCACCCAGCUCCGCUAUUUCGCCGACCCCUGUGAAUUGAGCUGGGCUUAAGUAAACACCAGCGAGCUGCUAAUCACAACGUCUGAAAAACAAAACCUCACUUCACUCCGAAUCUGGGCAAGAUCAGUCCUUCUCUUCCUCCUCCGUCUUGCCUUGGCAGAGGCUAAACGGGUCCUUCCGAUCUAGCUGAAGACAGAAUAAUCGUUUAAAAAAGGGAUCCCCUUGCCUUUCGUUCUCUCCCCAGGCUUGGGAGGUGGUGGGGAGGAGAGGAGAGAGAAGCCUCCCGGAGCUGCAACUGAUUAAAGGCUGCGUUGGGUUAGUUUUCUGGCUUGCUUCGCUUUCUCCGGAGCCGAGAAAGGGGAGGCGGGGUGGGGGGAGGCUUUCCCCAGCCAUCUCUUUCAACCUGUCCACGUUGUGAUUUCGGCAGCAACAGCUCAACCCAGCCGUUUUCUGCUUCAUUUGUGAAGUUGUUGGGGGACCCGCAGGAUGGGACGUUGCCGGCGUUAUUCUGGUGCUUCUCAAGCCCUGCAGUUGCUCGCCUGGACUUUUCCGCUGGUGACAUUGGCUUCUUUGGCGGACGAAACCCUAGAGAGAGCCUCGAAAUCCGAAGGCUAUUGCAGCCGGAUCCUGCGAGCCCAAGGCACGAGGCGGGAAGGAUAUAAUGAAUUUAGCCUCCGCGUGGAGGGCGAUCCGGAAUUCUACAAGCCCGGAAACAGUUACCGGGUAACACUAUCUGCAGCUACACCAGCCUAUUUUCGUGGAUUCACAUUGAUUGCUUUGAAAGAAGGCAAAGAGGGAGACAAAGAAGAAGACCAUGCUGGUACUUUCCAGAUUAUAGAUGAAGAAGAAACACAGUUCAUGAGUAAUUGUCCUGUGGCCGUGACAGAGAGUACACCCAGGAGGAGGACUCGCAUUCAGGUGUUUUGGACAGCUCCUUCUUUGGGCACAGGCUGUGUAAUUUUGAAAGCAAGUAUUGUACAAAAGCGAAUUAUUUAUUUUCAAGAUGAGGGUUCUCUCACCAAGAGGUUGUGUGAACAAGACUCAGCCAUGGAAGGUGUGACAGAUAAGCCCAUCUUAGACUGCUGUGCCUGUGGAACUGCUAAAUAUAGGCUUACUUUUUAUGGAAACUGGUCAGAGAAAUCACAUCCAAAAGAUUAUCCACGACGAGCCAACCACUGGUCUGCGAUUAUUGGUGGGUCUCAUUCCAAAAACUAUGUUCUUUGGGAAUAUGGAGGAUAUGCAAGUGAAGGAGUGAAGCAAGUUGCAGAGCUGGGAUCACCAGUUAAAAUGGAAGAAGAAAUUAGGCAACAGAGUGAUGAGGUUUUGACUGUCAUCAAAGCGAAAGCACAGUGGCCUGCCUGGCAACCACUAAACGUGAGAGCAGCUCCCUCUGCUGAAUUUUCUGUGGACAGAACACGCCACCUUAUGUCUUUCCUCACCAUGCUAGGCCCCAGCCCUGACUGGAAUGUAGGGCUUUCUGCUGAAGACUUGUGCACCAAAGACUGUGGAUGGGUCCAGAAGGUCAUUCAGGAUCUGAUCCCAUGGGAUGCUGGGACCGACAGUGGAGUUACCUAUGAGUCAUCCAACAAACCAACAGUACCUCAAGAGAAGAUAAGACCUCUCACAAGUCUAGACCACCCCCAAAGUCCAUUUUAUGACCCUGAAGGAGGUUCCAUUAAAUCCGUAGCCAGAGUUGUCAUUGAGAGGAUUGCUCGAAAGGGGGAACAGUGCAAUAUUGUUCCUGAUAACAUUGAUGACAUAGUUGCAGAUCUUGCUGCAGAAGCUCCAGAAGAUGAAGAUGACACCCCUGAAACCUGCAUCUAUUCGAAUUGGUCCCCCUGGUCGGCCUGUAGCUCCUCCACGUGUGAAAAGGGCAAGCGGAUGAGGCAGAGAAUGCUCAAAGCUCAGCUUGACCUCAGUGUGCCUUGUCCAGAUACUCAGGACUUCCAGCCAUGUAUGGGCCCAGGCUGUAGUGAUGAAGAUGGCUCUACAUGCAUGAUGUCUGAGUGGAUAACAUGGUCCCCUUGUAGUGUAUCUUGCAGCAUGGGAAUGCGGUCAAGAGAGCGAUAUGUGAAACAGUUCCCAGAGGAUGGCUCCAUGUGCAAAGUGCCUACAGAAGAAACCGAGGAAUGCAUUGUAAAUGAAGACUGUUCUCCUAGCAGUUGCCUGGUAACCGAGUGGGGUGAGUGGGACGAAUGCAGUGCCAGCUGUGGGAUGGGAAUGAAGAAAAGGCACAGGAUGGUCAAGAUGACUCCGGCGGAUGGAUCCAUGUGCAAAGUGGAAACCACAGAAGCUGAGAAAUGCAUGAUGCCUGAAUGCCAUACCAUCCCCUGCCUGCUUUCUCCUUGGUCUGAAUGGAGCGACUGCAGCGUCACUUGUGGAAAGGGGAUGAGGACCAGGCAACGGAUGCUAAAAUCUGCUGCUGAGCUUGGAGAUUGCAAUGAAGAGCUGGAACAAGUAGAGAAAUGCAUGCUGCCAGAGUGUCCAAUGGACUGUGAUUUGACAGAAUGGUCCCAGUGGUCAGAAUGCAAUAAAUCUUGUGGGAAAGGUCAUAUGAUCAGGACAAGAAUGAUCAAAAUGGAACCCCAGUUUGGAGGAGCUCCAUGCCCAGAAACUGUACAGCGUAAGAAAUGCCGAAUAAGAAAAUGCUUGAGAAAUCCCAAUAUUGAGAAAAGGCGCUGGAAAGAAUCUAGGGAGAAAAGGAGGAGUGAACAAGUGAAAGAAGAUGUAGACGGUGGGCAAUUCCCAGGUUGCAAGAUGAAGCCAUGGACUGCUUGGUCAGAAUGUACCAAACUCUGUGGGGGUGGAAUCCAGGAGAGGUUCAUGACCGUCAAGAAGCGUUUCAAAAGCACUCAGUUCACUAGCUGCAAAGACAAGAAGGAAUUAAGAGCCUGCAAUGUCCAUCCCUGUUAGCAAACUGGUCUUUUGGAUAAUGCACUCCUGAGCUAAAUGUAAAAAUCAACCUUGGUUUGAUUUUUUUUAAAAAAAGAGGAAAUAUAUAAAUUGUGUAUAUUAGUCUUCAUUUUUGCAGUGUGGUUUGCUUAAUUAGUCUUGCUGGUGCAAGAGAUCUAUUUUAUAAAUACUUCCUUACAAAUAUCUGCUGAGAGUAGCUCCUUAAUGCUCCAGCUAGCCCUUAACGCAUAAAACUAGUGAAGUCAUUGUGAAAUCUUAUAACAUUGAAAUUAUAGACAUAUCUGUGUGGACUAACCAUAAUCAUAGAUAUAGUCCCUGUAAAUACUUGGGAUGCAUGCAAAAAUGAUACUGCAAACUAAUAUUUGGAUCCACUUUCAAGAUAUUCAAAGCAGUGCCUCGGUGUUUAUACAGCUGUGCCAAGGAAUUACUUUAAUAAUACUACAGGUGCAUAUUGAUCUUUAACCAUCAGCAAUGUAAAAAUGGUAUUUAUAGCAAUCCUUUGACACUCUUUCUUUUUUUCUUCAUGCAAAUGCUUGGACUCCUAUUAAAUAAAUCACCUUGUGAUUCUCUCCAUUAACAAAGGAAAGCAAACAUAAGCUGCCGAUACUUGAACAGCAGGGAGGAACGCAUUGUCCAUCUGUAAGCCAUAUGUCAGUUAGCCAGUAGGCUGCAUCUAAGAAUACCUUCCAUGCUCUCUCACAAAGUCAUAGGCUAGAUGACAAGGUACAGGAAAAUAUCCUCUCUUAAGACAUUCUCCUUGCACACAACAUAGCUAGGCAAAUAUAUUUCAGAAGCUUGAGGGGAGACUGUGGACUUUAAGGAGUUGACCGGUGUAAAUAAACAAUAUCAAUACUGACAAAAGAUGUGAAUCCACCCAGCUCUAGAACAGCCGACUUUAUUCUAUCACUGAGUCCAGGAAGAACCGAGGAGAGCUUUGUUCUGUUUGCUUCAGAACUUGCUUUUGCUUCUUUGCGACACAACAACUUAAUUUUACUUCUAUUCCCCUUAAAUAAAUGUCACUGCAAUUGUCA